CGCUAGCGCCGCUGCGGAGAGAUCCUGUCAUUCACCAAAAGAUAUAAUCCGGGUGUCUGUCUGUUGACACCGAGUAGAAAGGGAUAUUUAAAAGCCUUUAUGUGACAGGCUGCACAGCGUGCAGUUGAACGUGUCGACAUUUCGUCCAUGCCCGAGAUAAUAGAAGACAGGACAUGAUAUUCUGACUGUUGCAGGGGAUAGUAGCUAGCCCGAACAGACCGUCAGGCCGGAGACAGACGGAUGGGAUUCCCAGUUGCUAGCUAGAUGGAGAAACCGAGAGGGUGGAAGACUGUUCGUGUUGUAAAUUAUUAAAUAUCCUUAUAGUGGAGAAUAAGGUAAAAUGCAUCUUCAUCAGGUGCUAACCGGAGCUGUUAACCCCGGGGACAGUUGCUAUUCGGUUGGAAGCGUCAAUGACAUCCCUUUCACGGCCUAUGGAUCCGGCUGUGACAUCGUCAUCUUGGCCAGUGACUUUGAGUGUGUGCAAAUCAUCCCCGGCGCCCAGAAUGGAAACAUCCAGGUGGGCUGUGUGGAGUGCUCACACCAGCUGGGCAGGAUUGCAGCAUCCUACGGGAACACUGUGUGCAUUUUUGAGCCAAUAAUCACCAACCCAAACAAACGACAUAAGCAACUAAACUACCAAUGGCAGAAAACCGGACAAUUCUUCCUCAAUGCGAUGACUUACAAUCUGGCAUGGGAUCCACAAGGGAACCGUAUCCUGGCGGCCACGGAGCGCCUUCAGCUGUGGGCUCCCCCGUCAGGAGACACCCUGGUGGAGGAGGAGGACGGCCAGCUGACCGACGACAAGCCGCACCCCGUACUCAACGACUGGACCUGCAUCUGGCAGUGCAAGACGGCAGCUGCUGUGCACAUAACCAAAUGGUCUCCUGAUGGGGAGUACUUCGCCACUUCUGGGAAGGAUGACUGCCUACUGAAGGUGUGGUACCCCACCACGGGCUGGAAGAUGGCGGUGGUCAUUCCCGAGCUGCCCGAUAAGAAGGCUCCACCUGUCCACUUCUCCUUCAUCUACCUGGCCCACCCUCGCACCGUCACCGGCUUCUCCUGGAGGAAGACCAGCAAGUACAUGCCCAAGGGCUCGGUGUGUAACGUGCUGCUGACGUCGUGUGCGGACGGCAUCUGCCGCCUGUGGUCGGAGACCCUGCUGCCGGAGGACAGCCUGCUGGGGGGCCAGAUCUCGGAGAACAGCACCAGCUUCAGCAGCAGCCUGCCCGGCCUGGGGGGCAAGGACAAGAUCCAGCACGCCCUGGAGUCCAUCCACCACCUGAAGCACCUGCGUCGCGGCCGCAGGAGAUCCUCGGCCCUGGUGGCCCACACCGAGCUGCUGCCCAGCCAGAUGGGCUCUCACGAGGCGCACCGCCACAUCUCGCACCACGCCAACGCACUCUGCCACUUCCACAUCUCCGCCAGCAUCAACCCCAACACAGACAUUCCCGCUGCGCUGGCCGGCUCCCUGUUCUCCACCGACGAUGCGAACGGCGGCUUUGUGGUGCACUGGCUCAACAACAAGGACCUGAGCUUCACCACCUCCAUGGACCUCUUCAUGCAACAACUGCGCAAGUUCUCUGAGCAGCAGCUGGAGCAGGGGGGCCCAGAGGAGAUGGACCUGAUGGGGUCCCCCAUGAAGUUCGACUUCGAGCCAGACGAGAUGUCGGACAAGGCCCCGUCGGAGACAGGCGAGGUUCUGGAGGGGGGGGAGCAGGGGGCCGAGCAGGGGGGGGGCAGCACCAAGGCCUCGUCGCCCGGCUCCUCCAGCAGCGUGCCCCUGCCCACCGUGCUGCUGGACCGCAAGAUGGAGGCCCUCAACCUGGAGUGGAACAAGAGCCCUGACAUGCUCUUCACCAUACACCCCGUGGACGGAUCCUUCCUAGUGUGGCACGUCAAGUACCUGGACGAGUUCAUCCCCGGCAUCUUCAGACAAGUGCAGGUGACGUUCUCCUCCCGCAUCCCUGUGGCUUUCCCGACCGGCGACGCCAACUCCCUGAGCAAGAACAUCAUGAUGUACGCCUGCACGCCCAGCGAGGCCGACAGUGGAGCAGACAUGGACCAGAAGAGGGGCCGUGGCGGCGGGACCGGAGCGCUGGGCCCCAAACCGGGCCACUCCCUGGCCAUCAUGGGCCCCGCCGUCAUGAUGGUCUCCAAGCACGUGGACGGCUCUCUCAACCAAUGGGCCGUCACCUUCGCCGAGAAGUCCGCCUUCGCCAGCGUGAUGACCGUGGCACACAAGUUCCGCUACUGCGGCCACCGCUUCCACCUGAACGGCCUGGCGUGCCACACGGUGCUCCCCCUGCUGCUGACCUCCUCGCACCACAACGCGCUGCUCACCCCGCCCCCGCCCUCCAGCCAGACCUGCUGGGGGGAGGAGGGGGGCCAGGACGAGGGGCCAGGGGUGGACGGCCGAGGGCCCGGAGGAGGGAUGAGGGUUCAGAAGGGGGGAGGAGGGCUCCCCCGCAGGCAGCUGAGCAACGCGGCCACGCGCACCUUCCACGACCCCAACGCCAUCUACAGCGAGCUGAUCCUGUGGCGCGUGGACCACAUCGGGCCGCUGUCCUGCACGGGCGGCGUGUCGGAGCUGGCGCGUAUCAACUCGCUGCACACCUCCGCCUUCUCCAACGUGGCGUGGCUGCCCACACUGGUGCCCAGCUCUGUGCUCGGGACAUACUGCAACUCUGCCAGCGCCUGUUUCGUGGCGUCGGACGGGAAGAACCUGCGCCUGUACCAGGCGGUGGUGGACGCACGCAAGCUGCUGGAUGAGCUGUCGGACCCCGAGACCUCCAAACUUGUCGGUGAGACGUUCAACAUUGUCAGUCAGCAGUCCACCGCCCGGCCAGGCUGCAUUAUUGAGCUAGAUGUCAUAACAAACCAGUGUGGCUCCAACACCCAGCUGCUCCACGUGCUGCAGGAAGACUUCAUUUUAGGCUACAAGCCUCACGAGGACAACCCUGACUUAAGCACUUUCCCAUCCUCCGACGAAUACCAAUCGGCUCCUUUCUCUGAGAAGUUCUUCCUGGUGGUGAUUGAGAAGGAUGAACAGCGCAACUCUUUCCUGCAGAUGUGGCAUCUACACCUCAAGUCCGUCCAAGCCUGCGUGGACGAGCCGGUGAUGGACGCGUUCCAGAACCAGCUGAUGGUUCCGCAGUCGUACGGCAACGUGGAGUCGUCCCCGGAGACGUCGCCCGGCCAGAGCCCCCUCCCCCGCUCCUCUUCCUCCGCCAACCUGCAGUCGGCCAGCAAGCUCAUCCUCAGCUCCCGCCUGGUCUACAGCCAGCGCCUGGACCUGCCGCCCGGGGUGGAGAUCAUCAGAGCCACGCCAUCCGCAGGCCACCUGAGCUCGUCCUCCAUCUACCCCGUGUGUCUGGCGCCGUACCUGAUCGUCACCACCUGCUCCGACGGCCGCGUCCACUUCUGGCGCUGUGCGGUGGACGGCGACCCGGACGCCACGGGCCCCGAGGCGGAGGCCCUCCGCACCUACCGCUGGGAGCCCUGGACCCUGCUGAACGAGGAGGAGGACAACAACAGCGCCGUGAGCGUGUCGGGACGCCCGGUGGCCGUCAGCUGCUCCUACACGGGCCGGCUGGCCGUGUCCUUCAAGCAGCCGAGUGUGGCGCCGGGCGCCAGGGACUUCUCCAUGCACGUGUCCAUCUACGAGUGCGAGUCGACGGGCGGCUCGGAGUGGGUGCUGGAGCAGACCAUCCACCUGGAGGACGUGGUGAGGCCCGCCGAGGCCCUGGACCCACGCGUCAGCGUUGACAGCAACCUCUUCAUUUACAGCAAGUCGGACCUGUUCCUGCACAAGGACAGCCCCAACAUCAAGCACUUUGUGCACCUGGACUGGCUGUCCAAGGAGGACGGCUCGCACAUCCUGACGGUGGGCGUGGGCUCCAGCAUCCUCAUGUACGGCCGCAUCUCCGGCAUGGUCAACGAGCAGCCCAGCGGCAAGGAAGGGGUGGCCGUCAUCGCACUGCCCCUAGGGGGCAGCAUCAAGCAGGGCGUGCGUUCUCGCUGGGUGCUGCUGCGCUCGGUGGACCUGGUCUCCUCGGUGGACGGCACCCCCUCGCUGCCCGUCUCGCUGUCCUGGGUGCGGGACGGCAUCCUGGUGGUUGGCAUGGACUGCGAGAUGCACGUGUACGCCCAGUGGCGGCAGGACAAGAAGCCCGGCGACGCGGACGGCGGCAGCGUCUGCUCCACGGAGGACCUGGCCUCAGUGGCCGGCAGUCGCGCCAUCGAGGGACGCGCACGCUCCAAGAGCGUGUUCGAAGGGAGCGCCGGGAUAGACGACAUGUUCCGCGCCCCGGCGGUGCUCCAGGACGGCGGCCUGUUCGAGGCGGCCCACUCGCUCUCCCCGACGCUGCCCCAGUACCACCCCACGCAGCUGCUGGAGCUCAUGGACCUGGGCAAGGUGCGGCGGGCCAAGGCCAUCCUGUCCCACCUGGUCAAGUGCAUCGCGGGGGAGGUGGCGGUGGUGCGGGACGUGGAAGGCGGGGAGGUCGGCGGGCGGAGGCACCUGUCGCGCACCAUCAGCGUGAGCGGCAGCACGGCCAAGGACACCAUCGUGGCGGGCCGGGAGGGAGCGCGCGACUACACCGAGAUCAACUCCAUCCCGCCGCUGCCGCUCUACGCGCUGCUCUCGGCCGACCAGGACACGUCCUACAAGGCGGGCGAGGAGGCCAACAAGGGGGGCAAGGGCGCCGAGGAGGUGCAGAAGUCCGGAGAGGACCAGUACGCAGACCUCUUCCAGGUGCCCGCCGUCACCACCGACGACUUUGUCAGCUUCGCCACGGAGAAGCCCGAGCGCAAGUCGCGGGUCAUCAACCUGUCCCAGUACGGGCCCACCUACUUUGGGCAGGAGCACGCGCAGGUGCUGUCCAGCCACCUGAUGCACUCCAGCCUGCCGGGCCUGACCCGCCUGGAGCAGAUGUUCCUGGUGGCGCUGGCCGACACCGUGGCAACCACCAGCUCCGAGAUGGGCACCUCCGACCCACAGUACACCGGUGGUGAGGCCCUGGAUGAGUGUGGUCUCCGGUACCUGCUGGCCAUGAGACUUCAUACCUGCCUGCUGACCUCUCUGCCGCCUCUCUACCGUAUCCAGCUGCAGCACCAAGGCGUGUCCACCUGUCACUUUGCGUGGGCGUUCCACUCGGAGGCGGAGGAGGAGAUGCUGAACAUGAUCCCCGCCAUGCAGCGCGGCGACCCCCAGUGGUCGGAGCUGCGGGCCGUGGGCGUGGGCUGGUGGAUACGCAACAUCAACACCCUGCGCAGGAUGGUCGAGAAGGUGGGGAAGGCGGCAUUCCAGCGGAACAAUGAUCCACUGGACGCAGCUCUCUUCUACCUGGCCAUGAAGAAGAAAGCCGUCCUGUGGGGUCUUUUCAGGUCUCAGCACGAUGAGAAGAUGACCCAGUUCUUCAGCCACAACUUCAGCGAGGACCGCUGGCGUAAGGCGGCCCUGAAGAACGCCUUCUCUCUGCUGGGCAAGCAGCGCUUCGAGCAGUCAGCCGCCUUCUUCCUGCUCGCUGGGUCCCUCAAAGACGCCAUAGAGGUGUGCCUGGAGAAGAUGGAGGACAUCCAGCUGGCGAUGAUCGUGGCGCGCCUGUACGAGGCCGACUACGAGAGCUCGUCCACGUGCCAGGGCAUCCUGUAUGAGAAGGUGCUGGGCUGCCAGCGCGACGGCUCGGGCUUCUCCGUGCGCCGCCUCCAUCACGACCCCUUCCUGCGCAGCAUCGCCUUCUGGAUCAUGAAGGACUACACGCGCGCCCUGGACACGCUGCUGGAGCAGAUCCCCAAGGAGGACGACGAGAACCCGGAGGUGAUGGUGAAGUCGUGUAACCCGGUGGUGUUCAGCUUCUACAACUACCUGCGCACGCACCCGCUCAUCAUCCGCCGCCACUUCGCCACACCAGAGGGCGCUCUGGCUCCCGUGGGGCUCACAGCCGAGAAGAGCAGCGCCGACGAGAUCAACCUGAUCGAGCGCAAGCUCUUCUUCACCACCGCCAAUGCACACUUCAAGGUGGGCUGCCCAGUGCUGGCCCUGGAGGUGCUCUCCAAGAUCCCCAAGGUGACCAAGAAGGCGGGCAGCAGCAGCUCCAUGAGCAAGGGCUCCUCCAUGGCCAACGUCAGCUCCGGCCAGCAGCAGCCGCAGGAGAACGGAGGAGGUCGGGCGGCCGAUCUGGACUGGGGAGCCGCCCCGGCCUGGGGAUCCACCACCACAGGAACAUCAGCGUCAUCGGCGUUCGAGUCCUCGGCCGAUCUCGACUGGGGCCAGCCGGUGACGAAGGCGGACGACGACGAGCUGAAACUGGACUGGGGCGAGGACAAGGGCGACGAUGAUGAGGACGAGGACGAGGAUGACGGAGGGUUGACCAUGAAGAAGCCUGAUGUGGUUGGAGAGAAAAACGCAGCACCGUCCAGCGGCAGCGGAGUAGGCGGCAUGAAGACGGGCACGCUGCUGCGCGAGGACUCGGUGGGCGAGGGCGAGGUGGACGUGAUCGCGGAGCAGCUGAAGUUCCGUGCCUGCCUGAAGAUCCUGAUGACAGAGCUGCGCACGCUGGCCACCGGCUACGAGGUGGACGGUGGCAAGCUACGCUUCCAGCUCUACAACUGGCUGGAGAAGGAGAUUGAGGCCAUGCACCUGAUCUGCAACUACAAGGACGAGGGGCAGCAGAGUACAGGCUCCUCCUCAGGGGCCCAGAAGUGGGGCGAGGGGGGCCCCGAGGGCUCCCUGGACUUUGCGGAGGACGCGGGGCCCUACGAGCGGCACCAGGUGGAGCGGAGGAGGCUGCAGGCCAAGCAGCAGCACUCGGAGCGCCGCAAGGCCUGGCUGAGGAAGAACCAGGCGCUGCUCCGCAUCUUCCUCAGCUACUGCAGCCUGCACGGCGCCAAGGGGGGAGGGGUCACCUCCGUGCGCAUGGAGCUGCUCUUCCUGCUGCAGGAGUCCCAGCAGGAGGUGACGGUGAAGCAGCUGCAGUCUCCGCUGCCUCUGCCCACCACGCUGCCCCUGCUGUCGGCCAGCAUCGCCCCCACCAAGACGGUCAUCUCCAACCCCGUGCUGCACCUCAACAACCACAUCCACGACAUCCUGCACACCAUCGUGCAGAUGGAGGCCUGCCCACACCCCGACUCCAGCGACGACCGGGUGAAUACUCUGCACACGUUGGCUGCCUCUCUCUCUGCGUGCAUCUAUCAAGCCCUGUGUGACAGUCACAGCUACAGUAGCCAGACGGAGACCAACCAGUUCACAGGGAUGGUCUACCAGGGCCUGCUGCUGAGCGAGCGGCGACGCCUACGCACCGAGAGCAUCGAGGAGCACGCCACGCCCACCUCCGCCCCUGCACAGUGGCCAGGCGUGUCGUCCCUCCUCACCCUCCUGAUAUCUGCCCAGAGCGAGGAGCAGCCUCGUCUGAACGUGAUGCUGUGCGAGGCGGUGGUGGCCGUCUACCUGAGUCUGCUGAUCCACGGCCUCGGAACGCACUCGGGCAACGAGCUCUUCCGAUUGGCCGCGCACCCCCUCAACAACCGCAUGUGGGCUGCCAUCUUCGGGGGAGGGGCAAAGGUCAUCAUCAAACCUAAGAGGCCCUCGGAGAGCCCAGCCCUGCCCCCUCCCACCCCCCCGGCGGAGGAUGUGGAUCGGCAGCGGCGGCGCUUCAACAUGCGCAUGCUGGUUCCGGGUCGGCCCGUGAAGGAGACCCCUCCCGCCACGCCUCCGCCCGUGCCCGUGGAGCGGCCCACCUACAAGGAGAAGUUCAUCCCCCCCGAGCUCAGCAUGUGGGACUACUUUGUGGCCAAACCCUUCCUACCGCCGUCCGACAGCGGUGCCCUCUACGACUCAGACGAGAGUGGAGCGAGCGACAACGAUGAUGAUGAUGACGCCUUCCUCUCUGACACGCAGAUGACCGAGCACUCUGACCCCACUUCCUACAGUUGGGCGCUGAUCCGCUUGGUGAUGGUGAAGCUGGCUCUGCACAAUGUCAAGACCUUCCUGCCCCUCACCGGGCUGGACUUCACAGACCUGGCGGUGGUGUCUCCACUGUGUGACACGGUGCUGAAGACGCUGGAGAACUGGGAGCAGCUGCUGCUGGACAGGAUGAACCGCUUCGAUGGCCCGCCGCCCAACUACAUCAACACCUACCCCAACGACAUGAGCGCCGGAGGAGGGCCCGCCAUACUGCGCCACAAGGCCAUGCUGGAGGCGGACAACACACCUUUCAGGGCGAAGACUCACCAGUCCUUCCCUGUGCGUCGGCUGUGGCAUUACCUGGUGAAACAGGAGGUCCUGCAGGAGACCAUGAUACGCUACAUCUUCACCAAGAAGAGGAAACAGUGCGAGUCUUUAGACGGCCGCAUGGAGCAGCUGAUACAAAACGGCAUAGCGGGAGCGCGCGGUGCCAGCAAGGUGGAGGCUGACCUUGGCUACCCCGGCGGCAAGGCGAAGGUCGUCCAUAAGGAGUCCGACAUCAUCAUGGCCUUCGCCAUAAACAAGGCCAAUAUAAAUGAGAUCGUGCUGGCCUCCACUCACGACGUGCAGGAGGUGGACGUGUCUACUCUGCUGGCCGCUCAGCCCUUCACCUGGAUCGGGGAGGACUUCGACAAAGAGUCGCGCAGCUCGGAUGAUGUGGACUACCGCUCAUCCCACACCAACAUCGCGCAGGCCAGUAGCGGCGGCGGUGGCGGCAGCUCCGCGCCCUUCGUCCCGCCUCAGAUCGCGGCCUCUGCCUCCAUGCCCUGGCUGGGGAGCGGCCAGACCAGUAUGGGAGCCAGCGUGAUCAUGAAAAGGAAUCUAAACAACGUGAAGAGGAUGACUUCCCAUCCCAUAUAUCAGUAUUACAUGACUGGGGCUCAGGACGGUAGCGUGCGCAUGUUCGAGUGGAAUCGGCCGCAGCAGCUCAUCUGCUUCAGACAGGCCGGCAACGCCAGAGUCACACGACUCUACUUCAACUCCCAGGGCAAUAAGUGCGGCGUUGCAGAUGGCGAGGGCUUCCUCAGUCUGUGGCAGGUGAACCAAACCUCAUCGAACCCCAAACCUUACUUGAGCUGGCAGUGUCACAGUAAGACCUGUGGUGACUUUGCCUUCAUCACUUCCUCGAGUCUCAUCGCCACGGCUGGCCAAUCAAAUGACAGCAGAAAUGUAUGCUUAUGGGACACCCUGAUUUCUCCCAAUAACACCAUGGUGCACGCCUUCAAUUGCCACGACAACGGUGCGACGGUGCUGCAGUACGCCCCCAAGCAGCAGCUGAUCAUCUCGGGCGGCCGCAAGGGCUUCGUCUGCAUCUUCGACAUCCGGCAGAGGCAGCUGCUGCACACCUUCCAGGCACACGACUCCGCCAUCAAGGCCCUGGCCAUGGACGCCACCGAAGACUUCUUCGUCACCGGAUCAGCAGAGGGGAACAUGAAGGUGUGGAAGUUGUCGGGUCACGGGCUGAUGCAUUCCUUCAGCACGGAGCACGCCAAGCAGUCCAUCUUCCGCAACAUCGGCGCGGGCGUCAUGCAGAUCGAGACGCGCCCCGGCAACCGCAUCUUCACUUGUGGCGCCGACGGAACGCUCAAGAUGCGCGUCCUGCCCGACCGCUACAAUAUACCGGCUAGUAUAUUCGACAUCCUGUAAAAUUGUAAACUGUAGCACGGUAACCAAGAAAAACAAAAAAAAAGCAAAGGGAUUACUCGAACAUUUAAAGAAGCUUUUCAUGGCAGCGAACUGUAACGUUUUUUUUUUUUUUCAUAGCUGUGGAAACGUUUAAAAAAAACGAAGUUGCGCUGCAAAAAAAUAUUUUUUCCCAAAGGCUGAAACACAUACGCAAAAUGUCACAUUUACUUGAUUUAAAAAAAAGAGGAAAAACUAAAUAGUUUCACUGUAAUUUUAAGAAGCCGACGUUGUUCCCUGAAAAUCUCUGAUAGAGUGUGUCUAUAGGAAAGCUAUGCAUGUACUGUACUCGUAAAAGCGGUGCAUACACAGGUUUAUUGAUAGUGCUCUGUACAAGUGCUCAAAGCAAAAAUUUUGUGUGUAUCUGUCGUCAUUUUGUGCCCACGGCUGAAAAAAAACUCUUAGCAUCUUUACCAGCACUGUGGUUUCUAUAUUGCGUCAGUGGUUUUCAGUGUGACUCCAGUUGUCGGAUCUGCAUUUAACUUCCUCCUUUCCUCUCAAACCCCGCCUCUUCCCCCACUCCCUUGUACCCAUUGGCUGCUCACAUUGCACAGUUGUAAUGGCACAUAGUCCUGGUGAGCCCGGGCACGUUGGUGUUUCACGGCUCACAGUGAUAAAAAAAAAAAGUUAAAUAGCUCACCUUUCCUCUCGCCCACCGCUGCAGUCACUUGUCAGUCAACGCCUCCGCUGUGCACUGUGUGCGAGAUGGCUUCACUGCAAAACAUUCCACUCCAGAGAGGAUGGUUGAUGUGACUGUGAUUGAAAAUGGUCCAUCUCUAUGUCUUGUUUAACUGAUUUUUUUGUUUUCUUCCUGGCUGCACUGAAGUACUCGAUUUGACCAGAAACACACUAUUGUUUCAGUUUGUUUGGUUUUUGCACAAAAUACUUUUUGUUGUUGUUGUUUUGUUCAAUCGUUUGUGUUUUUUGUAUCGUUUGCCCGUUCAUUCCUUUACGGACUGCUGUAUUUAUAUUUAUACUUAUUGCCUUUACAUGACGAAUGUAAGGUCUAUUGUUUAGCUAUAUGGGACACAGCACAGUACAGCCUAAGUUGCUGUUUUAUUUAUUCAUUGUUUUUGUUCAGGUUUAUUCUGUCUAUUUUUUUGUAACGUUUUACCAUACACGAAUAUUUGCACUCAAAUUUGGAGACACUAUAAAUAUCAAUUAAAUUCAAAGAAAAGGGUGAAACGCUAUUCAAGAGGAAACUGUUAUAUACAAAUGAAUGUCUGGCUCCAUUUGGCCAAGUAGUUAAACAAGUUUAAAAAAAUAGUUUUAAUAUAUAUAUACAGUAUAUAUAUAUAAAUAUAUAUAAAGAACUACUACCAUAGCUUGUACAAACACAAAUGCUUUUAGUUUAUUUUUUUGGUUGUCAUACCAGCUGGAAUAGUUGUACUUUGGUUAAAUGUAUGUGGUAUUUAUUAAAACAUAUUUGUGUUUCUGUCAGAACUGCUGGGCGCCACGUCUACUAUGUGUACUGAAGUGUUCAACCAAUGGUCCCUCUACUUGCUGUCUGUUGUGUAUUUAUUCAAAGCGGAAUAUUCUGUGUGGGUGUGUGUGUGUGCGUGUGUGUGUGAAUGUGGUGUGGGAACACUAGAACAAGGCACUCUUGAAAAUCCAGGAGGGAACAGGUAGUUUUAUCAUUACCUUUGUAAGUCAAAAAUAAAUACUUUUUAUUUCAAGAGCUA